UUUGAAUAAAAUUAGUACUAGUAUUACUUUAUUAUUUGGGGAACGUUUCAUUCUUCUCAUUCAUCUCACUUUCACAAACCCCUCUCUUUCUCUCCGUUUCAUUCUUCAAUUCGCGAUGGGAACUGCGAGCACCGGCGGUGGUGACGUGGAAGCCGGUUUCGCCAAGCUUCAAGGCGAAGACUUCGAAUACUAUAUGCAAACCUACUCCAUAAUCCUCGGCCGGAACUCCAAGAAAUCCACCGUCGAUGUCGACCUUUCGAGUCUCGGUGGCGGAAUGAACAUCUCACGUCAUCACGCCCGUAUCUUCUACGACUUCACGCGGCGUCGUUUUGCUUUAGAAGUUCUUGGGAAGAACGGUUGUUUAGUUGAAGGUGUUCUUCAUCUCCCUGGUAACCCUCCUGUUAAGCUUGAUUCUCAGGAUCUUCUUCAGAUCGGUGAUAAGGAGUUUUACUUUUUGCUUCCUGUUCGUAGUAUACUCGGCGGCGGUGGCUCAGUUGGUACUCGGCAUUAUGCUAAUCAUCAUUCCUCAGCUAUUGCUCCUCCUGCUCCUUCUCCUGCUCUUCCUCCGCCUGUUCAGCCGCAUUAUGGUUAUGGACGUCCUGCAGGGUCGGGUGGCGCGAUGGUGAAGAAAGAGAGGAGGGAGUAUUAUGAAGAGGAGUAUGAGAUGGAUGAUGAUGUUGAUGUUGAUGUUGUUGUUGGUGGUGGUGGUAGUAGUGGGAAGAAGGUUAACAGGAGGGAGGCUUAUGAUGGUUAUGGGUAUGGUGGUGGAGUUGGUUCUGGGGGAAAGGCUUCUCUGCCUGGACCAAUUGAUAAGAAGGCAGAAGGCAGGUCCCGAGUAGAUCGUGAUGCUGAUAAUCUUCAACUUCAGCAAUUGGAAGAAAAGGAUGUAGUAUCAUCUGUAGCUAAUGUCCUCUCUGAUCUUUGUGGCCCUGGAGAGUGGAUGCCUAUGGAGAGACUUCAUGCUGUGUUGGUGGAUAAGUAUAGCAGUGUUUGGCACCAUGGUAGAGUAAGAAGAUAUCUCACAUCAGAGGAAUGGCCUGGUCCUGAAUCCAAAGGAAAACCUUGGUAUGGCUUACUUAUGCUAUUAAGGAAAUACCCGGAGCAUUUUGUCAUAAACACAAGGUCCAAGGGUCGGGUUACGCUGGAGUUUGUUUCUCUGGUCUCUCUUCUUUCGUGAACCCAGUGCUAUCUUCCAUAUGUAAUAACUUAUGUAGUCUGUGAAUUUUACAGAAUUGUGAUAUUUCUGGUCAGAGACCAAACCUGUAUAAAAUUGCACCUUGCUUACU